AUGUCCCACAAAACAAUGCGAAGGCCUCGCCGACGAUCAUUCAGUCUCCCAUAUAACCGUACUAGCUCGUAUGGAUUGCACAGAAGAAGGAGUUCCGAAGCUUCGUUGCGUUUGUGCCCUACUGAAAACGUGGAACAUGUGCGAAAAGCUGUAUAUAACAUUAUCUUGGAACGCCUUGCCCAAGAAGGUGUUGAUACGGGAAAUGUCGUAUCGCAGCUGCUGCAGCAUUGCCUUCCAACUGUCCUUGAUGGUGGUCUGUGGGAGCGAAUCUUAUAUACACCGAUGAGGGUAACUGAUGGGGAGCUUUUGCAAGCUCUACACCUGCAAACACCUAGCGAAACAGUCAUGCCCGCGGAUAAGUAUCAACGAAUGACAUUGUAUGUGCGAUCCUUCCAGAUGACAGUGAGCGAACUUCAAUGCAUUGUCGAGAAGUUUCAGGAUGCGGGGCUUGUCUAUGCGAAGAACGAUAUUUGGCUCGAAGCUAUGGAUGUUAUGAAUCCUAACGACUUCGUGUACCUCCGAUAUGUUGGAAGCACGACUCGGGGGCCCCGCCAACGCCACCAUGAGGACCUCGUAACACGAAAAUCCGGAUUUUUAUCCAAAUUCCUUACAUUUCUGGACUGUACUUACCCCACGAUAAUUGACUCCGCAGCGCUCUAUGUUUUCCCGGAUUGGCUGAGCUUUGAGGUUCCGGAAGCUUGUCAGCAUACAGAACUGAUGGAACAAGCGUGCAUCUCCUUACUUGGUUUUCCAUCUCUUCUCAAUCAAACAAUUACUGCUGUUGAUGACUUCCCACUGAAGGGAGAUGAUAAAUAUCGCAGCUUGUUUGGGGCAUUGGAGACCGAGACAAUCUCACGUUUAUCCCCGCUGCACUUCGAAGCUUUCACAGGGAGAACACAAAUUGCAGCCUGGGCUGACAAAAUUCAGGACUAUGCCCGAUGCCACAGAGUAACGGUCUCUCUUUUUAGGAACAAGUAUUAUGACUUCCCAGAUACCCUCAAAGAGAUGAUGAUCACUCAAUCCAUGCCUUCAUUAUUGAAGGGAAAAUUUGUUCUUCUUCUAACUGUAGGAGGCGGUAUCAGCCGUAAAUGCUAUCAGAACAGCCAGGGCUUUUAUACAGGUAGUAGCAACUCCGCCUCAAUAAUCAAGUCCUACAUAAAUAGGCUUUGGUCCUGGGAGCUGAAGGGGAGGGUGCCAACAUUUAAUAUAGACAAUCUCAUCACCGCUGGUGCCCUUCCGUUCGUGGAUCUGUGUCCCUGGCACAAAGCUGAAGGACCGGAUCUUCUAGCAGCUGCUAGCUUUUUACAAAGAUAUGUUAUGAUAGUUCGGCCACUUAUCAUUCUCACCAUGUCUGCAAGAGCCUCAUCCACCGUGGCUUCUGGUUUCCUUCAUCCCUUCGGCUACCCGUCUUCUUGCCGAUUUUGGUCAGAAGUCGGCCGACUAAGGUUGGUACACUACGACGGGGUGCAUAGCAUUCAGCUUCCAUGCUUCCACCCUGGCCAAGGCCGGUUUUCUAUCAAGCCAGAGAUAUUCACUCGAGUACUGGAUAUGACGCUAUGGGUCCUACUUGUCACGAUUUCUACGACCCUUGACUCUGCAGAGACAUUUCAGGAUAAUAGCAGAGAAGCUUGGUGUGAGCAUAUUAAACACCAGGUUGAGAGGAUCCUUUCUGAACAGCGCUUUUACGAGACGUUCGAUCAUCUGAAGAAAAAGCUCCAUAAUGAGCGACCCAAAAGGGCGAAAAUGGUGUUGGAUGCUCGCAACAGAUCUAGGAUAGCAGUCGCGACUCGAAAAGACGUGGAUCGUUUUGUAUACAGCGGAUUCGCAGCCGGUGAUGCCAUGUCAGACCGCCGCAGACAGCAGGCAUAUCGCCUCUGGACAAUGAAUAUUCCCGAGCUGCAUGUUCAUAUUGGACGUGAUAAUUCACAUGACUGGUUCUUGUGGGCCAAUUCUGUCGAAACCGGGAGGUCUUUUUUUGUUGAUGCCAUCGUAAGAGCAAUGAGCCCAUCAUUCACCUCAGACGAUAAGGGAAACUGGCCUAGUGACCACAAACCAAUAUGUUUCAAGCGCUCAUAUUCGAUACUAUCUGAUGGAAUCCAGGAGCUAAUUGAGGCAAUAGUGCUGUAUCGAGAUGAAUUGAUAUCGGCCGCGGAAAUCAUAGAAGAAGUCACUUCUGAACUUUCGAGGAAUCUUGUCGUCUGGCAGUGGGUUCAUAUCGCCAGGAUGACUGAACUAGCAUCGGAGGACAGAGGGCCCCGUUUCAAGCCAGUGUAUUUGUCACAGCUCAACGCCACAGAAAUCUUUAUCUGGAAGAAUUGCACCUUCGGAAUCUACUGGGUAGAUGCCCUUGGGGAAAAUCACAAAUUUGUCAUGUGCGCUCCUCAGUCCAGCCAGAAACAUAACGGUACCUGGAGGAAAUUCAUAUUCUUUACGAAAGAUGGAAUCGAUGUGCGGGAUGAAGCGGGAUCUUCGUGCUUGAGCUACAGCGGUUCGCUAGGACCUCGUAAUCUAGUCACCUUCCCAGUCCAGCGCCUUUCAAACUGCCAAGCAACUGCUUCACAAAGCCGUGACCUAAUCUAUCUAUGGCAGCUAGAGACCGGAUUAGACUGGAAUAUGACCAUCAAUCAAAUGAACGGGGCCUCGAUUAAGAGCUCCAGACCACACGAUUCUCAAUCUCUCCCAAAUAGCUUUUUUGUUGGGAAGGGAAGAGAACUAAUUCGAGCAAAUUGGCACGGUGACAAACUUCAGCCAUACCAACAGCCACCCCAGCCAGCAGAUGAGACAUGGCUUUUGCUGGGAUGUCUGCAGGAGCAUUGGCCAGCAGGGGGCACGUUGUUUAUCGGAGACCCCGUGAAAUGGCCAGCAAGGGCGGAUGACAAUAUAUGGGUCCAUCUUCAAGAGUGCGUUCAAUUUCCAGAGCCCUAUAGACGAGGCUUGUAA